UCCAGAGCAACAGGGCGAAGGAAGACCGACGAAAGCGAAGAGGAGUUCAGCAACUUUGAAAUCACGUUGCUCCCUUUUAUUCACCUCUGCAACUUGGCACAAAAGUUUCAAAGAUGCCCAACAUUUUGGUUUUUCCAGACGGAUCACUCAUGUACGCGAGGGAAGUGAUUUCUUUUUUUCCUUGAGGGGAAAAGAGGGAGGACGCACUCGCUUUGGAGUUUACUCCCUUUUCCGCCGCAUGAGACAUCAAACUCGGCCGAGGCACAAGCGGAGCAAACCCCCGUCAACGACGCGCUUCGGGCCGGAGCCGCUGAACCCGUGUGAUCUGGCUUCGUGAAUGCCCCCAGCUCUGCGUGGACGGCAGUGAAGGAUGCCAGGAUGCCCUCUCUGAUUUCCCAUCUGCUUGUCAUCUGGCUGAGCGUCCACAGGCUGGCGUGGUGCACGGAGCGCUCCUCCACACGGGAGCGCUUCAAAGUGGUCAUCGCGCCCCUCAUCUGCAAGAGGAUCUGCCUGAAGGGACAGUGCCAGGAUACCUGCGAGCAAGGCAACAACACCACGCUCAUCGGGGAGAACGGCCAGGCGGCGGACACGCUCACGGGACCCGGCUUCAGGGUUGUUGUGUGCCCGCUGACGUGUAUGAAUGGAGGAGUAUGCAGCUCGAGGACACACUGCCUGUGCCCGCCUGGUUUCACCGGUCGGCUGUGCCAGCUUCCACUCCCGCAGACGCAGCAAGCUCAGGCGGCGCGGGGCAACAAGCAGCCUGUCUACCCCGUAUCAGUAAAGACAGACAGCCAGACCCAGGGGGAGCAGACUGCCAUGGGGCGCACCCAGCUGGCACAAACACACUCGGUUUUCACCCUGCCCUUGGCACAAGGAGGGCACCACUCCUCAGAAGUGCAGAUUAACGUACGCGUCCACCACGCCCCCGACACCUCCGUAGUCAUUCACCCUCUCGACCAAUCGGACGCCAAGCCCCCCCACAAGGCCGUGACGCGCCACAGCCUGCAGAGGCACAAACCGAAGGGGCGCUGCUUCCAGGAGACCACACCCAAACAAGCUUGCAACAGCACGCCGCUUCCUGUUCUGACUAACCAGGAGGACUGCUGCGGGAGCGUGGGCAACUCAUGGGGACAAAACAAAUGUUAUCAGUGCCCCAAACUACCAAAUGCAUCAGUCAAACAGACGAUCGUGGAGGACUAUGGCUCCACCUGCCCACAGGGCUAUAAAAGAUUCAACAGCACUCACUGUCAAGACAUCAAUGAGUGCUCCAUGCGAGGAGUGUGUCAGAACGGAGACUGUCUGAAUACGCUGGGCAGCUUCAAGUGUGUGUGCAAAGCCGGUUUGGUGCUCGACAGGAACAGAUGUGUCGAGUCUCCGGCGGAGCAGGCGCAGUGUUUCAGGAUGGUGUCGGAGGCCGGCCGCUGCGAGCACGCCCUGCCCACCCCGCUGACGCAGGAGAUGUGCUGCUGCACGGUGGGCAAAGCCUGGGGCAGCAGCUGUGAGCGAUGCCCGCAGGUGGGCACAGUGGCCUUCAUUAAGAUAUGCCCCGCUGGGAAAGGCUACUUCCUCCAGCAUGUGAGAGACACUGUGGCCUUUUCUCCCCGUAUUUAUACCAUCCCGGAGAAGGGCAUCCGCAAGCCAGACAAGACACAACAGGAGGAAAUCAAGCCACCGGAGAGGCCGCCGGAGACGACCACCGCCGUGCAGCAGGCUCCCACCAGCACCCACAGUCCUCGUGUGCCUGUGGCGAAGCCCACGCCUGAGCCAAUCAUCCAGCUUCACCAGGGCUAUGAGCUCUUCGAAACACACACGCAAGUCUCACCAGAGACAGACGAAUGCAGGCUGAGCAGGAACAUUUGUGGCCGUGGAGAGUGUGAAAACAGCCCGAGCGGCUACACCUGUCACUGUCACCCCGGCUACCACCUCCACCGCCAGAGGAACAUCUGCGUGGAUGAUGAUGAAUGUGACUCAGAGCCGUGCGGCCACGGCAGAGGCAUUUGCGUCAACACAGACGGAGGCUACCACUGCCGCUGCCAUCAAGGCUACAAACACCUGGUGCAUCUUGGGAGGCUGAGAUGUGUGGAUGUGAAUGAAUGCUCCAAGCAAGACGUCUGCGGCGUCGGGGGCCAGUGUGUGAACGUGGUCGGCUCCUACAAAUGUGAAUGUCACAAAGGAUUCAGGAGCAAGUCGCACCAUCACCCAACCUGUGAAGAUAUAAAUGAGUGUUUGAACCCCAACACUUGUCCCAAUGAGCAAUGUGAGAACACGCCAGGCUCCUAUGAGUGUAUUCCCUGCUUACCCGGUCAUGAGGCGCGAGGCGGGACCUGCUAUGACAUCAAUGAGUGUCAGAAGCACAGUGUGUGUCCCAACGGCCGCUGUGAGAACCUCCCUGGCACGUACCGCUGCCUGUGCGACGAGGGCUUCCUCCCAUCUGCAGACAGCAAAGGAUGCAGCGACAUUGACGAGUGUGAGGAUGACAGGCUGUGUGCCAACGGGCGCUGUGUUAAUACAGAAGGCUCCUUCCAGUGCCAGUGCUACCCGGGAUACCAGCGCACACAGGAAGGCAGCCACUGUGAAGACAUCAAUGAAUGUGCGAGGCCAUCUAACUGUCAGAGAGGAAUCUGUAUCAACAGCAUGGGCUCGUACCGCUGCGAGUGCCAGAAGGGUUACACGCUGGUUGGAGGCAGGAGAUGCCAAGACAUCGACGAGUGCGCGGCAGACAGGAGUCUCUGCCAGCCCUUUGGAACUUGUGAGAACAAACCGGGCUCAUAUGUGUGUGUGUGCAACCACGGCUUUGUGCUGUCAGAGGACAAACACAGCUGUGAGGCGGUUCAGAUACAGACAGACGACAAAAAGGAGUGCUACCUGAACCUGGACGAUACUGUGUUCUGCGACAGCGUCCUGGCCACCAACGUCACCAAGCAGGAGUGCUGCUGCUCCAUCGGGGUGGGAUGGGGAGAUCACUGUGAGAUCUACCCCUGCCCAGUCUACCACUCUGCUGAGUUCCACUCCCUGUGUCCGCAGGGCCGAGGUUACUACCAUGAGGAAGGACUCGCUGACUAUAGCCUGUCUCUCCGCCGGGAUAUUGAUGAGUGUGUGCUGUUUGCCAAUGAGAUCUGUAAGGAGGGUCGCUGCGUGAACACACAUCCAGGCUACGAGUGCUACUGCCAGCAGGGCUUCUACUAUGACAGCAACCUUCUCGAGUGCAUCGACGUGAACGAAUGCCAUGACGAGUCUCUGUGUACGAACGGUCAGUGCGUCAACACCAGAGGCUCCUUUUACUGCAACUGCAACGCCCCCUGGACCCCGGACCACAACAAGAAGAAGUGUGUGAUCACCACAGUGGCAGAUGUGAAUGAAUGUGAAGACCCAGCCAACUGUAAGAACGGUCGCUGUGUGGACACCGCAGGGUCCUACUACUGUAUCUGCUCCCCGCCCUGGACCCUGGCCACCGACCGGAACAGCUGUGUGACACCAGAGGAGCAGGCUGAUGUGAAUGAGUGCCAGGACCCCUCGUACUGUAAGAAUGGGAGGUGUGUGAACACGCCCGGCUCCUUUCACUGUAUUUGCAACCAGCCCCUCACCUUCAGUGCAGCGCUCAAACAGUGCGUCUAUGACGACCGCACCGCAGCCCAUAAGGACGUGUGUUUCCUGCAGGUCGAUGAGGAUUUGAUCUGCAGCGUGCCCAGGAGCGGUAUGGUGCUCACCUACUCAGAGUGCUGUUGUCACUACGGCCGAGGCUGGGGGCCCGAGUGUCGCACCUGUCCGCAGAGAAACUCAGUGAUCUUCAGCCGUCUGUGUGACAUGCAUCUAGAGACAGAGUCUGAAGGGGAGCUGGAGGCACCGUUUCCCAACUACAACCCAGGUAGCACCCGGCACGUCAGACUUAGUGACAGUUCGGAGGAGGAUUCAGACGAAUGCAGCUGUGCCAACGGCCGCUGUGUCCCGUCCUACCUGGGCACCAUGUGUGAGUGUAACCCAGGUUUUAGGCUGGACCACUCCCGCACCCGCUGUACAGAUAUUGAUGAGUGUACUGAACCGGGAGUUCGUAAUAAUCUGUGCAAGAACGCUCGCUGCCAGAACACCAUAGGCUCAUUCAAGUGCCACUGUAAACACGGCUUUGUGCCACGAAGGCCAAACUUGUGUGUCCGUCCCAGAGCUCGAUAACCUCUCCUUGUGACUCUGUUUAUCUGUAUCUAUCCAACACACACAAACAUGCACGCACAUAGUACACCUCUGUCUCAUAAUUAAAAGGUGGGACUGUGUGUACACGGUUUUCCUAAAAAAACAUGUUUUUACGUUUGGGGCCAAAUCAUAGGAAUGGCUCGUUUGAAAUGUACAAAAUGUAUCAUGCUCCUCUUUCACUCCCCAUUGCACAGUUAGGAAAGUAAAACAAUGCAGACAAAGACAUAGGUUUUGUUUUGUUACGCGUUUUGUAAUUAGUAUUUUGUUUAAACUGUUUGUUAAUGAACAUUUCAGUGUGCUUUUUGUGAAUUUCUAUGUUAUUUUUUGCUUUGAUCUUCCAUCCUUAAUCUCACUCCUUAAUGUCAAAUGUUUUCUUAUUUUAAUGAUGUGUUAAAAAACAAAACAAAAACCCACACACAUUUAUGAAUCUAUAGGUUAUUGCUGUUAUUGCUACAGCAGCCCACUCAAUAUUUGUGAACUUCAAACACCAGCCAAAGCCAGAAAACGAACACAUGUGGAAGAUAUGGCCAAUGGAUCUGCUCCAUUGGCCAAGAAUGCGAGACCGAUUUUUUAAAGCCAGAAUGUUUAUUUAAGUUUGAAACAAAUUCGAUUUUUUUUUAUAUGGUAGUAAAGUUAUCGAAACUGAACCAGAAGUUGCAUCCUUAUCUCCACAAAUUCUCCAGGGUGCUCUCACCUUCAUCAUCAUGGCCAAUACACUCUUUUUCAAGUCUCCUUGACAUUUUGCACCUAAAUUGUGAAACAGGUCUCAUUACAAGUCUUUGUUCUCUGGUUUCCAUCUCUGAAAGAAAGUUGUUCAUUAUCACAAAUAUUGAUUAGAUUGUCCCAGAGAAUUUGAAUGCCUCAUGAUCUUUAAAAUUUUGUCGUAUUCCCCUUUACUUUUUCACUUAGGGCCACAUUCCUCUGUCUGGGAAAUCUCAUUCUCUCUCUGAAUUGUAUUUUUUAACCAUGCAUUGAUGAUUUUGAUUGAUUGUACAGUUUGUUCAGUGGAAUAUCCUUUUCUGAAAGAUUGGUGCCUAUCUCCCCCUGUAUUUGUGUUGAUGUAUAAUAUUGGAAAAUUAAAUGUUUUGUAUAAUUUUGACAUGUGCACCUAAGUGGACUUUAAGCUAGACAAAAAGGUAAUGCGCUUAGCAAUGAAUCGAGGGGGAAUGUUUGCUAAAUGUAGCAAGGAAAACAAAGAAAAUGUGUGACAUCUUUAGACAAAAUCGCUGCAUCUAUGCAUAUAGAAAACCAAAGACGCUCUUGAGAAAAGAACAAUUUUAAUUAAAAAAACACAGAUGUCAAACCAUUCA